UACUUCUAGUUUUUAGGUUAUAAGACGAGACGAGUGGGCUGACAGCAUAGAAAAUGGGCUGACAAUUGGCUGACAGUCAGCAGUCAGCUAACAGUCACAGUCAACUUGACGUUCAACAUCUAUCUAGUUAUAUCUAAUCUUAGCAUAUAGUAACAGUUAUUUGUUUCUGCAAAAUUUCUCCGGGUUUUUAAUUUUAAGAACUAUAGAACCCAGUAGUUAAGAUAAAUUGUGAACAUCCACUUUUCAGAUCUGUCUUUUAAGGUAACAUUGCAGGGCGAAAUGUCACAUCCUUUUCUAAACAUUGUAGAAUCAAUAUCAACCUUUGAUACCAUCAAGGUGUGGUUAUUUGCUGGCCUAUGGGGUCUCUGGAUGCUUUUCAAGCGACUGGCAUUUAAAUUGUGGAAUCCAAAAAGCUUCGAAUGUGUUAAUAAACAUGACCACCCGCCACCAUGCCUAGUCACCGCCUCUUAUGGACAUCACUCUUUCGUUAAAUUGAAGGGAGUGAAAUUACAUUAUGUUGAAGCCGGAAGUCGAGCAGAUCCAGUGUUGUUGUUCCUUCACGGAUUUCCUGACUUUUGGAUUGGAUGGCGGGCUCAAAUUGGGGAAUUUGCCAAAUCCCACCGAGUGAUAGCUUUGGAUUUAAAAGGCUUUGGUGACUCGGAUAAGCCGCUACGACGGAAAAGCUACCGUGUUGAGGUAAUAUUAAGGGAGUUGUCGGACCUGAUUAGCUCCUUUGGAAUGGGUCGCUGCUCGGUAGUUGGUCACGACUUGGGAGCUCUCCUUGGCUGGUACCUGGCUCAUUCCUCACCACACCUCAUUGCUAAAUUUGUUGCAAUCUCGUGUCCACACCCAAAUCUCUACUGGUCCUCCUUACCUAGCAGUAGUACCUUCAAUCCAAGGUGGAUUUACUUCAGUCAAAUUCCACUUCUCCCAGAGUUGGAAGCCCUCCAAGAGGACGUACGCAUCAUCGAUAAGUGUCAUCAGCAUCUUAUCUCUGGUGGAGGAAAAAUUGAUUCUUUUAUGGACGCCUACAAAUACACCUUCUCCACUGUUGAAGACUGGACUGGCCCAAUAAAUUAUUUUCGAAAUUUGCCAUUCUGUCAAGUAAGCAAUAAGAGUGGGAUGAUUGAGGUCCCUUGUUUGCUCAUUGUAGGUAACAAAGACAACUGUAUCGAGCUAGAAAGCAUCAUCAAGUCAACUGAGUACACUGAAAAAUACUUCCUGAAAGUCAUUGAAAACUCUGGCCACUUUCCUCAUCAAGAGCACCCAGAAACAGUGAAUCAAGCCCUGGCCAAGUUCCUUCUUGGUGAUGUAGCAGUGACUCCAGGUAAAUCACCCUCUGGGUUGGUCAACCGGCUCUAUGGCACAGUCAUGUCUGCCAAAACGUAUAGUAACCAGGUCUUUGGAAAAGCUUUAUCAUUCGGGCAAGCGCCUACCUCAUUAAUAUCUGCUCUUAAAUCUUGAGCCUACCAACUUCUUGAUCUUUUUUCCGGUACUAUGGUAGUUUAAUUCCAAAAAUUUCAAGACUGAAGCCAUUUAUAGCUGAAACUCAAUUGUGAUAUCCAUUAAUAAUUAAGUACAUCACCUUUUAAUACCCUA